AUGUUUGAGAUGAAGAGAGCAAUUGACGCUUUAGUUGUUUUAGCUGGUUUUAUUUCAAUGUAUAACGCAAAAAUGAACCCGCAAUGUUCUAAAUGUAAAGCAGCAAUUAGGAAAUAUAACUACUCCGUCAAAGAGAUAGAACGUAUGAGAAACGACUAUGCAGAUUUAAAGAAAGAAGCAGAAAAACCAGCAGAAAAUAAAAUGGACAUGUUAGAAUUUCUGAACAAAAACUAUCCAACAGCAGAAGAUUUCCUUCUAUCUGACGUCAAGAAGAAAUAUAAAGAAACUUUCGGCAUUGUUAAAACAUUCGAUGUACUAAAAGAAGAAAUAGAGGCUACAAAACUGUUUAGAGUCAUGAACCAUCGCAACAUAUACCAUGUAAAACGCUUGUAA